AACCAGGUGGUGGACAAGAGAUUUCGAAACGUUCGAAUGGAAUAUGCUCGUCGAGUUCAGUUGAGUGUCGGUCUCUCUCCGUGUCGCAUCUUUUUGUCAAUCGAUUUCUCGCCUUUCAGUAUUUCACGAUUGUCAUCGUUGACAUUUCAUGAAAAACAGAAGCUAAUCAUUGAUCAAUCUCUAAUGAACAAUAAUUGGUGACUGUUAUGUGAUACUGCUAGUUGGAGAAUCAAAUAUUUUCUAGUUAAUACACUGUCAAUCAUUAUGAAAUCGAAGGCCACGUGAAAUUGUGACAUGAUAGACAAACUUCAAAAAUAAACAAGAAAGAGAAAAGCCUUUCUGAAGCAAGCAAAGAGAGUAAAAAAAAGCAGCUUGUCGAUUCGGAAGAGAAGAGAGAGGCAUCGAUAUCGGAAGUGGUACAGCAUUGCCAGAGGGAAGGACGUCGAAUCUAGGCCACAAUCAUGUUCUCUUUAUAUUUGCGCAAAUGUAUAGGAUGAGGAGAAAGAAGCAAAGAGCCAUCGAAGACGAAGGAGCAUCAAUUUUGUUAUUCGUCGCAUUGGCUCCUGUUAUCUGCUCCGCCGGAGUUUUGGAUCCUUGGCAGUGGGCACGUAGUGAUCGAAUAGAAGUCAACAUUCCUUGGUUGCCAUUCGAGAAUGAAACACGAUGCUACGAUGAACUAGGCUGUUUAAACAUAACCAGGAACUGGUAUCAUCUGAUACAUAGACCACUUAAUGUCUUCCCUUUACCACGAGAAGUCAUCAAUACAAGGUUUAUCUUGUAUACGAACAAAAAUCUCAUCGAGGGUCAGGUGUUGACAGCUGCGAAAGAUAAAUCGAUUAAACGAUCAAACUUCAAUUCUAAAAGAAAAACAAAAUUCAUUAUACAUGGGUUUAUAGAUACUCCCUUGAGCAACUGGGUUAAGGAAAUGAGAAAUGAAUUGCUAAAACAUGAUGACUACAAUGUUAUCAUAGUUGACUGGGCUGGAGGGAGUUUACCACUUUAUACUCAAGCAACUGCUAAUACCAGACUGGUGGGCCUUGAAAUAGCUCAUCUUAUUAAACAUUUACAGACAAAUUAUGGACUGGACCCAAAUGAUGUACACUUGAUUGGACAUAGCUUGGGAGCUCAUACUGCAGGAUAUGCUGGAGAAAAAAUGGGAGGAAGUAUUGGUCGUAUUACUGGAUUAGAUCCUGCAGAGCCUUAUUUUCAAGGAAUGCCUAAUCAUUUACGAUUAGAUUACACUGAUGCCAAGUUGGUUGAUGUCAUUCACACUGAUGGCAAAAGCAUCUUUUUUUUAGGACUUCCAGGAUAUGGAAUGAGCCAGCCAUGCGGUCAUUUAGAUUUUUAUCCAAACAAUGGCAAGGAACAGCCAGGAUGUACAGAUCUAAGCGAAACAACUCCUUCUUUACCCUUAACUCUUAUUAAAGAAGGUCUGGAGGAAGCAUCACGAGUGCUGGUAGCCUGCAAUCAUGUGCGUGCCAUAAAACUCUUCAUUGAAAGCAUUAAUUCCAAGUGCCAAUAUGUGGCUCAUGAGUGCUCCAGUUACGCCAGCUUCCUCAGAGGCGAAUGUUUCUCAUGCAAGAGUAACAAUAGUCUUAGUUGUGGUAUUAUGGGCUAUCAUGCAGACACUAGUCCAGCCUUGGUAGGAAGACAAGAUCUUCUGUCUUUGCUAGGCUCCAAAUUUUUCUUUACCACAGGCAAGGAGGAUCCCUAUUGUAGGAAACACUAUAGGAUCACUAUCAAUCUCGCUCAACCAUCGUCUGCAGAGAGCUGGGUCCAAGGUUUCAUGAAAGUUACUCUUCACGCAGAAAACGGCAUUAUUCGUGAUGUUGAUCUUACGCCUAGUGGUUAUAUGAAAUUAGAACACGGCUCGACAGUCCGAAUGGUCGUCGCCCAUCCAGUCGGAGCAUCCGCUUCACUUGGAAAAAUCAAGCGUGUUGAACUUUCAUGGACCUACGAUAUGGAUGUAUUGCAACCAAGAUCGUUGUGCUUUUUCUGGUGUAACGAUCGUCUUUAUGUGAAUAGUGUUACCGUGGACGUAAUGGAAUUACCAGGAAGAGGAAAAAGAGAAGCAGACAUCACCAGUAAACUUUGUUCAGCAAAUAAGAAAGAAUAUGCAGAAAUUGCCAGUGGCUCCAUAGCAUCUUUCAUCGAUAAUUGCUGACAAUAUCUUCAAUUAUGUGUCUCAUUACAACAUGAUAGUUGAGGUUUUUAUUCCUGUGGAAAGUAUAAAAAUUAAAAUGGAUCUUUAUGUAUUUGAAACACAAAUAAUGACAUUCAAUAGCAUAAAUGAAAAUUAUGAAAUAUGUGCAAAUAUUAAUUAAUAUUAUAUUUCAUGGAACUCUGAUUUAAAAUGUAUUCAUUCUAUUUUUUUUUUAUUAAAAAAUCAGGUCAAAUUCAUUUUGACAAAAUUUAUUUAAAAAAACAUACAUAAUAGCAACUGAAAAAAUAAGUUGCAGAUUUACAGGUAAAAAAUUAUAAAACAGCAAUACUUAUCUUUCGAAAAAAA